AUGCCUCCUCCCUCAUGCUUUCCCUCCAGGGUAUCGCGACACAGAGUCGCGUUCCGCUGCCACUCGAAACAACGCCCAUGUCUGAACCGGCAGAGCCAGCGAAGGUGUCUUCCACGACGACCCCACGAACUGAGGCCGAAGAGAGCGCGAUGGUCGUGCAGUGGGACGAGCAACAACAUCACUGGGACGAGUGCUGGUCGUCGAACGCGACCUCGACGACCAGAAUUCCAGGCGGGAUUUUCGACCAGGCCGAGAAAGGCCACAAUAUCGCUCAAGAUGAUGUAAUCUGGAUCGGUUGGGACGAGACCGACCCUGGGAACCCCUACAAUGUCAGUCAUCUGCGCGAGCGACCUCGCCCGGCGAGCGACGAUGAGCCCAUGUUGCGAAGACCAGUCGUCGGGCUGAUCGGGAUCGCAUACCUCAUGUAACCAUUUCCACAGUGGGGAACAGGCCGAAAAUGGCUCACAACAUGGAUUUGCUGCGUCUAUACUCUGGUUGGUACGUUCGUGACGAUCAUUCAGGGGGUUGAUGGGGUCCCGCGCAGGGGCGGUAUUUUCCCGAGGACAGCGAGCGAGCCGAAGCUGAGGUGGGCGAAACGCAUAUCUUCGGUUGAACAGUGGCUUUCUGUGGUGCUGCAUUCUCUAUGGGUACUGAAUCGAUGAUGCGAGAUCUAAAUUGCUCGCUCGAGCUUGCCGUCGUGGCUUUGUCGACGUGAGUUGGGGUGCUGAACCUGAGAUGCCCGAUCGAUCGCUGCCGGCAGAACACUGACCUGCCAGCCUGAUUGAUGUUCACGCCCGGCGAACAGUUUUCCUCUUGGUUUCGGCCUCGCGCCGCUGGUAUUGGCUCCUUUCAGCGAGUAGGUCUUACAAUACGGGGUCGCGAGACGAGGGCUUUACGGAGUAUAUGGCAUGUUAUGUUAACGCGUUCGUGCGGUUCCUCUCCAGAGCCUAUGGACGAUGCAAGUCCUUCCACGUAUGCUCUUCGAUGUUGCGCCAAAGCUUUGGUUGUUUACCGUUUUGCGCUUUCCUAAUAAUUCAACAGAUCCUAUGUACGCCAUCAGCGCGAUAGUAUACACCCUCUUCUUUCUGCCGAUCACGCUCGGUAGAAACAUUGCGACCGUCAUUAUCGCCCGUUUUAUCGGUGGCCUCGCAGCGUCGACCGGAUCGACCCUUGUCGGAGGCACCGUCGCAGACUUGUUCGAAUCCAAAGACCGAGGGUUGCCAAUGUCAAUUUUCUCCUUGGCGGCAUUUGCUGGAACCGGUCUGGUGGGUCAUCAGAACCUCCCAGCUGAAUCUGGCGCGCGCAGCUGAUCACUAACGCUUUGCCACAAUUUCAGGGUCCGGCGACCAUGGGCUACGUCGAGGAAAAUCUGCGCCUCCAAUGGAGGUGGAUCUCAUGGAUCCAACUCAUCAUCGCAGGUGUGACGAGUCUCUGCAUCAUUCUUUUGACCCAGGAAACACGAGGCAGUGUGAUCCUCUCCAAGCGAGCGGCGGCGAAGCGGAAGGAAACAGGCGAUCCACGAUACCAAUGCAGGAGUGAUGCCGAACGGGCGUCGCUUGCGAUCCUCAUCAAAAUCAGUUUGACGCGACCCUUGUUCCUACUCUUCACGGAGCCGAUCGUUGCCGCCUUCUCGCUGUGGGUCUCGUUUGCUUGGGGCAUCCUGUACCUCACCUUGCGCGCCGUACCCCUCGUCUUCGCGAACGUCUACGGGUUCACGAUCGGCCAAGUCGGAUUGGUUUUCUACGGCGUUGUGGUAGCGGGACUUCUUGGGUUCGUCUCCAACUUCUACCAGGAGCGACUGUACCAGCGCCAUGUCGCCACCCGCGGACCCGAAGCGAGGCUGUACGCCGCGCUGAUCGGCGGCAUGAUUUUUCCGAUCGGAACGUUUAUUUUCGCCUUCACCCAAGGUCGAACGCACUGGAUGGGACCCGUGAUCGGUCUGAUGCUGUGCUUCUUUGGCAUCUUCACCAUCUAUCUGUCCACGUUCAACUAUCUCGCCGACGCCUAUACCAUUUAUGCUAGCUCGGCCUUGUCGGCGCAGUCGCUGUGCCGCAACUUGCUUGGGUUCGCGUUCCCGCUCUUCACCUCGCAGCUCUACUCGUCUUUGGGAUACCAGUGGGCUUCGUUCCUUUCGGGGAUGUUGGGUCUUGCCCUUGCGGUCACGCCUUGGGUCCUGUUCUUCUUUGGUCCUCGUAUUAGAGCGAGCUCGAAAUUCGCCAAGGAGUUGGCCAAGAUGCGAGCUACCGACAAGUGA